UGAAAGGUUACGGCUGGGUGAAGAUAACAUCAAACACCGAGACUCAGCGUGGUGUGUGUGUGUGUGUGAGAGAGAGUGAGAGAGAGAGAGAGAGAGAGAGAGAGAGAGAAAGAGAGAGAGUGUGAGUGUGUAUGAGUGUGUGAGGUCCAAUGCAUUUCUACCUAGUGGGCGUGUGCCCGGUCCUCCCUCCCUGCAGACCGGUGGUGCAUGUGUGUGUAUGCGCGCGGGUGUGCAUUUUUGCACGAGCUGCACGCGAAGAAAACAUAAACUGAUUUUGUAGUCUUUUCAUUCGAUUUUUAUUUAGUUUUUGAAUGGCUUUUACGGGUCCUCGCGGCAGCAGCUGCGGUCACGGUCACGAGUUGGUCUUUUCUCACUGAGUGUGCGUGAUUUUUCACGUGCGUGCCACCUCCUCCUUCCUUUCCUCCUCUUGCUCCUCAGCGUGGAGGCGCGGGGCCACUACUGGCUGUGUUGUUGCGGCACUGGAUGGAUCUAACUAGCAUGUUUGCGGGUGAAGCCUCGGGCGGUGCACACGGAGGGAAAUAAACCGGGAUUUUUUUGCGUCUUCUUUUUUUUUUUUCUCUCUCUCUCUCUCUCUCUCUCUCUCACCUGCUGAUCGGUCACCUCCACUGUGACGACAUGUCAAACUCAAACAAAAGCAAGAAGGACAAAGAAAUCCUCGCUGAAUACGAGAGCCAAGUCAAAGAUGUGCGGGCCCAGUUGGUGGAGCAGCAGCGCUGUCUGGAGCAGCAGACAGAGAUGCGAGUCCAGCUGCUUCAGGACCUGCAGGACUUCUUCAGGAAGAAGUCCGAGAUCGAAACCGAAUAUUCCAGAAACCUAGAGAAGCUCGCGGAGAGGUUCAUGGCCAAAACGCGCAGCACGAAGGACCAUCAGCAAUACAAAAAAGACCAGAACCUGCUCUCUCCAGUGAACUGCUGGUACUUGCUGUUAAACCAGGUGAGGAGGGAGAGUAAGGACCACGCCACCCUCAGUGACCUCUACCUGAACAACGUCAUCAGCCGCCUCACACACAUCAGCGAGGACUCGGCCCGCCUGCUGAAGAGGAGUAAGGAGAUCAUCUUUCAGCUUCAGGAAGACCUGAUGAAGCUUCUGAACGAGCUUUACACUGUGAUGAAGACGUAUCACAUGUACCACGUGGAGACGAUCAGUGCGGAAACCAAGCUGCGGGAAGCGGAGCGUCAGGAGGGCCGCGUCAAGGGCGUGUCGGGGACGGGCGGAGGCGUGGAGCCGGUGUUCGGCCUGCGGAUAGAGGAGCGCCACCAGAGACGCAACGCCGCCCGCAAGAUGGAGAAGAUGAGAGAGAAGAGGAAGGCAAAGUACUCUGAGAACAAACUGAAGACUCUGAAAGCCAGGAAUGAGUAUCUGUUGACUCUGGAGGCCACCAACGCCUCUGUGUUUAAAUACUACAUCCACGACCUGCCCGACAUCAUAGACUGCUGUGACCUAGGGUACCACUCCAGUCUGAGCCGGGCUCUGAGGACCUACCUAUCAGCCGAACUGAGCCUUGAAGCCUCCAGGAGGGCAGGUCUAGAGGUGCUGGAGGGGGCCGUGGAGGGCCUGGACCCUGCCCGCGACAGGCAGCGUCUGCUGGGCCUCUACCCGACUGCCUUCUGCCCCCCGCAACGCUUCAGCUUCCAGGCACACAUGGGCGACGCAGUGACCCAGAUUGCCUCCCAGCCGCAGCUCCAGGCUGAGCUCAGCCUCCGCCUCACGCAGCUGCAGACCCGCCUGGCGUCUCUGAAGCUUGAGAACGAAGAGGUGAAGAAGACCUGGGGUGCGACUCUGACCACACUGCAGGACAUGACGGUGCAGGAAGACUUCGACGUCUCCCAGAGCUUCACCCACAGCCCGUCCUCUGAGUCGGUCAAGUCCAGCGUGUCGGACGGCUACUUGAACAAACCGAGUCUGGCCAAGAAACGGGCCAACCAGCAGGAGACGGAGCUCUUCUACUUCACCAAAUUCCGCGAGUAUCUGGAGGGAAGUAAUCUCAUUUCCAAACUGCAGGCCAAACAUGACAUACUGAAGAAAGCUUUAGCAGAGGGAUAUAAAGCUGAACUGCUGACUACCAGUCGUGGGCGGAAGAACUCCCAUAGCAAGCACCAGGAUUCAACCAAAGCCAUACCCUUGCUUGUGGAGAGCUGCAUCCGCUACAUCAACCUGCAUGGUCUUCAGCAUCAGGGCAUAUUCCGGGUGUCGGGAUCACAGGUGGAGGUAAACGACAUCAAGAACUCCUUCGAGAGAGGUAACGACCCACUGAUUGACGAGGAGAGCAACCACGACAUCAACUCUGUGGCUGGCGUGCUGAAGCUUUACUUCAGGGGUUUGGAGAACCCGCUGUUUCCCAAGGAGAGGUUCAAUGACCUCAUCUCCUGCGUCCGAAUCGAGAACAUGUACGAGAGGGCGCAGUGCAUCCGUAAGAUCCUGCUGGGUGUCCCGAGGGCGACGCUGGUGGUGAUGCGUUACCUGUUCGCCUUCCUCAACCACCUCUCCCAGUACAGCGACGAGAACAUGAUGGAUGCUGGGAACCUGGCCAUUGUAUUCGGCCCCACCCUCCUGCCCACGCCGGACACGCUGGACCAGGUGGCCUGUCAGUCGCACGUCAACGAGGUCAUCAAGACAGUCAUCCUGAACCACGACAACAUCUUCCCCGACACCAAGGAGCUGCCCGGCCCCGUUUAUGAGAAGUGUAUGACUGGAGACCAGUACUGCGAGAGUCCGUUCAGCGAGCCGGGUGCGUUGGAGGAGGCCGAGCCCGACUGCGGCACCGAGACCCAGACAAGCGACGAGGAGGGUGAGGGUGUGGAGGCGGUGGCGCGGUUUGACUACGUGGGCCGGUCGGCCCGCGAGCUCUCCUUCAAGAAGGGAGCGUCCCUGCAGCUCUUCCAGCGAGCAUCACAUGACUGGUGGGAGGGGCGGCACAACGGCAACCGCGGCCUGGUGCCUCACCAGUACAUUGUCGUGAAGGACAGGGCCGACGUCAUGUCAGAUAGCCUCAGUCAGAAAGCAGACAGCGACGGAGGAAGCAGCAGCACUGACGACAAGAGAUCCAGGAGCGAACUAAGCUCCCCGACCGACAUCAGACCGCCAGAGACCUAUAACAGGUCCGUCAUUCACAGGAGGAAGCGAACCGACGGUUUAUUCCGCCGCCCCCUCGGCCGCUCCGACAGCCACUGCCACGGUAACGGAGGCGGGAUGGAGCGAAGCUCCCCGCCGGUGACGGGUCACUUCAGCCCCAGGGAGCUGCUGCUGGGGCGGGGUCAGGGUUUGACCCCGCCCCUCGACAGCCCGGAGCGCCGCCGACGCUCUGCAGCCGCCGUGACCAUGAUGGUGAGCCGACACGAUUCGCUGCGGCGGCCGGAGGACACGCCCAUCCGGCGCUCGAGCAGCGGGCAACAUGGCUUUAGCUCCAGAGCGCUGGACCCCGACACACUGGCUCAGGACAUCGAGGAGACGGUGACCGUGGCUCUGGGGGAGUUGCGGCAGCUGGAGCGGCAGGGCUGCCGGCCGGCCCCCGACGUGGUGCUGGACACACUGGAGCAGGUGAAGAACGGCCCCGCCACGACCUGCUCCUCCGAGUCUCCCAGCCCCCACAGCACCCCCAGCACUCCGGGCACACCGGGAACCCCCGGGACUCCCGGGACCCCUGGCACCCCGAGCCCCCUCAGCCCUCUGAGCCCCAUCAGCCCGCUCCCCGGACCUCCGCCUGGACCUCCCAGACCGGCCAACCCUUCCCCCGACACCCUGGGCUCCUUCAAACCUGUGGCAGCUGCUCGCAUGGGGGCUCCGCUGCGGCCCCCCGCCCUUCGGCCCAAACCUAUGGUGCCACCCAAGAGCAGCACCCCACCUCUGCCCCCGCCUCUGGACAAAUCCUGCACCAUGUGAGCCAAAAAUGGCCGACGAAAGGCCAAAUCAGGCCUACCCGGGCCAAAAAUGGGCCAGAAGAGGAGAUCAGGGUACUGCUUACUGUUAAUAAUCAACAUGAGGGUAGAAACGGUAGGACAGAGAAAAAGGUUUAAAUGUAGUAAGAAAUUAUAAUAUAUGACAUGACCUAUGAUAUGAUAUGCCAUGAUAUUUAUGUGUUGUCAGGUUGGUGUGUACUCUCUUGGUGUGUAGGAGUUUACUUUCUCCAUGUAUUGAAGCAUUUAUCAAAGGUUAGCUAAAAGAAGUGCUGGUAAAGAGACACAGGAACGAAGCGUAGGCAGAGCGUCCUGUCCUGUAUAUGAGGCGAUAGUCGCAGAGACGUGGGGAGUGUAGUGCAGCUCCAGUAAGAUAUAGUUUCAGUGACGUGAAUUGUAGUCACCCACAAAGGCUGCUGUUUUCUUAAAAAAAAAAAAAAACGAUCCGAUCGGCUGCUGUAUCUGCGACGAGAGACUAAAGGAAGAGGGCCCGGCAGAGUGAAGGUGGACAAUGGUUCAACGACGUCUGUGUGACUUAUAAUUUAUUUUUUUAUUUCCCACUCGGUUUAGCUGCUAAGCUCACUUAAAGCUCACUUAACACCUCAAACCACGAAACGCCUCUUGAGGUCGUCAGUGACACCAAACUCACAUUUAUUUAACCAACGUUCAGCUAUUUAAUGAAUGUUUCCAGUAUUAAACGACUGUUCAGCCAUCUAUUGAAUGUUCAGCGAGUUGCUGCGGCGACUCGCUUAACUUUUUAACAGCCUUCUUGUGUUUUUGGAAGGGGAGCCCCUACGCCUAGACCGGAGCUUCAAACCGGGUGUGACGGUUGAGCGGUGGAGGGAGCUUGGACAGAACUUUUUCUGGGAUGGGGGUGGGUGUAUGAUUUUGUUCUUGUUUGUGUGUGCAAGAAGAGUGUGUGUGUGUGUGUGUGUGUGUGUGUGUGUGUGUGUGUGUGUGUGUGUGUCCUGCUUGCCUGCCCUUGUUCUACUCCCUUGUAAGUGUAGAAGCACUAGAAUAGUGAUAGAUGAUAGAUAAUUCAUGCCUGCCUUGAGUGCCAGAACACGCAAGUGCAAGUUGGGAAAACGAGUGCAAAAAGCAUGCCACUUUCUAUGUAUGUAUGUAUGUGUGUGCGUGCGUGUGUCAGAAUAAUAGUUUACCUGGUUGUGAAGUCACUGAAGUCACUAGUUAACCUUAAAUUCACAAUAAGCUAACAGGGUGGGGCUUUGUGUGUACGCCCAAAAAUAAAACACUUGAACAGCACACUGAAUGUGGGUUAGUCCAACCGGGCUGGUAACUGAUGUGUGUGUGUGUGUGGUGAUUUUACAUGACGUGCUGAGAUGGGCUAUGGAUGCACAUCUGUGUGUGUGUGUGUGUGUGUGUGUGUGUGUGUGUGUGUGUAUGUAUGUGAAAGUGCCUUUUUUUUAUCUUUGUCUUUUUUGGGGAGUUGUGAAUCCACUCACGCAUGUCCUGAACGAAGAGCAGCAGCACUCUGAAUGAAAUAAUCAUAAAGUGUUUAGUAGAUUACUGAAUUAUGAAUUCUAGCAUUAACCCAUUGUGACAUUGCACUUUGAUGUAUAGGAUUGUGUACUUGGCAUGUAGCAUCAUAACAUGUUGGUGCAUUUUAACUCAAAGGGAGGUUUCUUUGAAUGUGUUUCAUAAUAACGGAAAUGGUUUUUGUCUGUUAGUGUUGCUGUAUUUGAACAACUGAGCUUCCUAAAGAUUAGCUCAUAUAGCCAAAUGGAUUGUAUCAACGUGUUGUAUUUAUAUUAUAAAUAAACCUGAAUAAAUUAGCA